AUGACAAGCGAGUAUUCUGGGACUUUUGAUAUUGAAGAUGAUAAUUCUCCUGUUGGGGAGGUUAAUAGACAUAAAUUUUAUGGAUGGCAUACAGCAACGCUUAUAAUGAUUAUAAUAGCCUUGAUCACAGGCUUUUGUUCAAUUUGUAUAGGUGCUUGUAGUUGUGCUAUUCCGUCAUUAACUUUGAUUUUUACGACUACAAUUUUAUUAACUACUUUUCUUUCCUCUGUGGCUGAGGGUGUUUUCUUUUUCUUUUCACAUCGUGCUGAUAAUCGUUUUGUUAAAGGAAUUGUUGGCACUUAUGAACAACGUGUUGGUUUAGCUUUCUUUUUACAAAUGGGUGCAUGUUUCUUCCAUUUUAUCGCUUUCCUUAUUGCAAUGAUGGCUACAUUUUUUGCUUUUUCUUCCAAAAAUUCUUCAUUAAAUCAUGCACAUUCUUUAUCAGCAAAUUCGUUAAAAUCAAAUAUUACUGGAAUGGGAAGAACCACAAAUCUGUCUGAUCCAACACUCCGCCCACUCUUACGUCCAGCGCCCCCUCCACCUCCACAGUCUCAAUCUCGUCCUGGUUCUUCUACAGCUCUGCAAAAUUUUGAUUAUAUGGGACAUGAAGAAACACCCCAAGGAUCUCUUUCGCUCAAUUCUGGUGCACCUCCUCUUCCACCACAUAAUUUAAUGACAACACAACAGCAAUAUGCAUUUCCAUCAGCAAAAUCUUCAUCCCUUCGACACGAAUCGUGA